AUGUUUCCUCAGCGCGGCAGCAUCAGAGUCGACUCAGUGAACGACUUUGCCUACGGAUCGGAGAUUCUCAUCAACACCACGGACAAGGUGUGCAGCUGUCCUCCACUGAGCGGCGAGGAGGUGGCCUUGAGGGCGGAGAAGCUGCAGGGUCACGUAUCGUACAGUCUGCUGUGGUACAACUGCGAACACUUCGUCAUGUACUGUCGAUACGGAACCCUCACCAGCUUCCAGACGUUUCAGUUCUGUAAGACGAUGAGGAAGCUGUUGAUGAGCCAGCGUGUUGCCAAGGUGACGGCGGUGCUGGGGGUGUGUCUGCUCCUCUACCUGCGAGCUGUGACCAUGGGCGCCGCCCUGCUGGCCGCCCUGCUGCCCUUCCUCUUCUGGAUGGCCUCGUGAAGUGAACAUUUGAAGUUCACACGAUAAUAAAGUUUUUCUGAAAAGGC